AUGCUUAUUGAUUUGUCAAAUCGAAAAACGACAUCUAAUAUGACAACAUUUCCUAAAAAGAAAUCAGUGAAACAAAAUGAUUACCCACCUAUAAUUGAACAUCAAAUCGAUGAUGAGGUGUAUAGAGUAGGUGAUCAUGAUCAAGAGUUAGUAAGCAAUAUUUCAACAAACGGUGAUUCAAUGAAAUUAUUAUCGCUUCGUAAAUCACGAUCAAUUACGAAAAAAAGUCUUGCAGCUGAGCAUGGUCGACGUUUAAUUGAACAUUUGACACGUUUUGCACUUGAUACUCGACAAAAGCUUACACGGAGUCAAAGCGCCACGGAUGCAACAAGAAUAUUAAGAAAUAAUAACACACGCAAUAUUUGUACAUUAGCCAAAUAUGAUCCAUUAUACGAACAAUCCAAUGAAAAUUCAGAUUAUUUAACACGAAAGCGUCAUAAGACAACAGUUGAAGUAAUCGAUGAUUUGAACGGUACCGAUUCAGUUUAUAUUAGAUCGUCUUCGGAACCAAGAGAUUUCACUUACAGUAAAUCAUCAAGGAGACGCUCACAACGAUCGUUGCCAUUGUUAUCACGUUCAGCAUCUAUGCAUGAUCUGACUCAGCAUACUGUUUUUCGAGCAAAUGAUUUAGAAUUUGGGCCAAUUAUUGGACAAGGAUUUUAUGGUAUAGCGCGAACUGUCACACUGAGAAAGACUGGUCAAAUUAUGGUCAUGAAAGAAACAAAAACGCUGGAUAAAGAUGCACAAAAGAUAUUUGUGAAAGAAGUACAAGUUCUAAAACGGCUUAUCCAUCCAAAUGUAUUAAAAUUUAUGGGCCUGUUAUUGGAUAAAGAUAAUCAGAUGAGUUUUCUUGUUGCCGGUGGUACAUUGAAGAACAUCAUACAUGAUCUAUCUAUGGAUUUAACGUGGAUACAACGUUUACGUUUUGCCAAAGAUAUUGCUGCCGGAAUGAAUGGUCAAGUUGUUGUCGCUGAUUUUGGAUUAAGCAGAAUAAAUCUAGACGAUGAAGAAGACGAAGAACAACAAAAUGAGAUAACGCUAAAAAAUCAAAGAAGUACAAGUGUAACGGUUCUAACGAAUGGAAAUGUUGUUGUGAGACCGAAAACGCGUCGUCAAAUGCUUCGUGAUCGUCAACGUUAUACUGUUGUAGGAUCGCCAUAUUGGAUGGCACCAGAAAUGCUUAAAGGACAGUGCUAUGAUGAACGAGUUGAUAUAUUUUCAUUUGGCAUCAUGUUAUGUGAGAUCAUAGGCCGUGUUCAAGCAGAUCCUGAUUAUUUACCACGUACACAAGAUUUUGGUUUAAACGUUCAUUUAUUCAGCCAGAAAUAUUGUAACAAGGAUUGUCCAAAGCAAUUUGUCGCCAUUGCUAUCGCCUGUUGUGAUAUUAAUCCUAAUUCAAGGCCAGCAUUUUGUGUUGCUCAUCCGUGGCUCGAGGCAUUAGCACUUAGUGUUGAAACUGGAGUGUCUUUGUCAACAACCAUCAGCAAUAUCGAUUCAAAUAAUAUUGAACAAAAUCGAAAGAAAAAUAACAAUUCUUGUAGUUCAGUUCUAGUAUCAAAUUCCACAUUGGAUAACGUUCCAUUAAGAUGA